AGUGGGACGCGGAUAGGCGCGCGGGCCGCUCGUAUAUUUAGAAAAAGAAUUGUUCCGCGUCACAUGUUCUGGCGCCUUGAGGUCAACAAUCUAAUUGAAGGAAAACGAUGGCGUCGUUGGACUAUUCUAAAAUGUUGAUUGAAGAGAAAGAUCUUCAUGUACCGCCACUCGAAGAAAUUGCCGAGGUGUUAUCGCGCGGUCUGCAGGCCACCUUCGAGACCGUGGAGGUCUCUGUGGUGGAGUGUCCGGACCUCACGCAGCCGCCCUUCCACCUCACGUCACCAGGUCUGUGCGGUAAUCCGAAGCUGAUAGAGAUCGGUGGACCUCCGUACCUAAUGCCGCAUGUGCAGCGAGACAAGUUGUAUGACAUGGUUGAGCUCGUGCGGCAACAAUACAGGGACCCGGCCUUCCUGGGCGGGGCCGGCGCCGGGCCCUGGCCGUACCUCGAUGUCAACUGCGAGGGCAUAAUAAACUUGAGUGUGCGCAACGGCACGGUGAAGCAAGGCACCCGCAUCGUGACGGUGCACCCGCGCGGCGCCGCCAAGGGCAGCAGCGGCUACCUGCAGCAGACGCUGCCGCCCACCGAGACGCGCUGCGCCCUGCUCGGCAACUACCUGCUCAGCGACGGGCAGCCGGGACAGGUAAUUAAAGUUGUGGCGAAGAAACGGAUCGGUGAAUCUAACUAUAUCACAGCGAUCAGGGAGACUUUGAAGAAACACUACGGCGAAAAAAUUGUGGGUCUGGGCGGCGCGUUCCUGCUGGCGGCGGGGCGCGCGCGGAUGCACGUGAUGCCGCAGUUCGCGGACGCGGCGCUGUGCAGCGACGAGGACGUGGAGCGCUGGCUGCACUUCUUCGAGAUGCGCGCGCCCAUCGCGCAUCUGGGCACGCUCGUCACCGGCGACCACGGCCUGGACCUGCGCUUGCAGCACUUCCACGGGUUCAGCGCGCACGGCGACGGCGGGCACUACCACGGCGACACGACGCCCGCGCUGGCGCACUACGAGGGCUACUUCGUGCCCGCGCUCACGAUGCUGCGCCUCGACCGGCCCGAGCACUCGCACCUCAUCGGCCGGGACUAGACCCCUAUACUGUUUACACAGAACUACGCCCCUCCCGCCCUGCGAUUCUGCAAAAAUGCGAACCCGAAUUCGAAAAUUGCCAUACCUCGAAUCGGCGAUGACGUUUCGGGGCAUUAUUGAAGUGAGUUUCGAAACGACCCGGGAGUAGAAUAUCUGCGACACGUGUGAAUCGAUAGAUUUAGUUUGUAUUUUUGUAAAAAUUUCUACACGCGACGACGUAAUUUCGGACCCCCCCCCCGAGUGAAUUCGAAUUUUUACAGAAUCGCUCUGCUGAAAAGGCUGUGAUUCCUAAAGUUAAAUAUAGUCUGGACGGUAGUAGCAGAAAUAAAAUUAGAAGCGCUC